AUGAAGUCAACAGUCUACUACUCUCUGUCCAUCCUCGCUAGCUUGUUGGCAUCCACGACUGCAACGCCUCUUCCUGUCGACAAUCCCACAGACCUCAAGCAGUGCGCUGGUCAAUGGUACAACCCAAGCAGCUAUACCUGCCGCAUCGGAGCUGAUAGUAAGGCCCUCUGCCCGGUGGUCAAUGGCGAACCCAUGAACGAGUGUGCCGGCGCCUGCUAUACACCUCUACGCUACAGCUGCAACGGCACCGCGCUGGUCGAGAAUCCGAGAAAGGCUAGUGGAACGUACACUCUUACUGCCAGCAAUCCAGAUCAGCCAUGGGACAAUCAACCCAUUCAGGCUGCUGGCAACCACUUUUGGGUCGGAGGCCAUGCCGCUACUUACUGCCCUUCCAACGUUGGAAGCAUCUGCACUUCGUUCCCCAACGACACUACACUCAUCGGCAAUGGCUUUAUGGCGACGGUGGUUCCAGGCGGCCAGAGCAUCUACUGGCAGACCAAUGGAGCACUGGCUUUCACUCAAGCCCACUCGUCGGCACACUGGAACUUGAGCUACUAUGGUGGUGGCGUCGCUUACGAGGGUGGUGGUUACUUCGGACCUAAUGGCGAAGACCUGAUCACUUGUCCAGUUACGCCAGCGGGCAGCAACACGACAGCCUGGCAGCUCUUUGCCCGUUUGGCUGGUCUCGCAUUCUCCAGCUCCUGCGUCGGACUGUACGUCGUCGUUCGCGACCAGAACAUCACAGCUGGUGCUUGGCAGUACACCUAG